GGGUGGUAAUUCAUAGAUCUUUCAUUAGUUAACGCUGUAUUUCUUAUUUGACACAAUGGCCAGUAACAACAAUAUUUGUGCUUAUGAGCUAAUAGAAGCUGAAGCUCAAAGUUGGGAUUAUAUUUUGAGUUAUUUGCGUCCUUCAUGUAUAAAAUGUGCAAUUCAAUUGGGAAUUCCAGAUAUCCUUCACAAAAAUGCCGAUCCGAUCAUGUCUCUUUCUGAUCUUAUUGCCGCUUUGCCAAAUUUGAAUCCUUCAAAAACUACAUUUAUCCCCAUUUUAAUGCGAGUUUUAGUUGAUUUUGGCCUUUUCAACUAUCACCAACAACAAGGAGACGGCUAUUCGCUCACUACUGUUGGCCGUCUCCUCGUUGAAAAUCACCACUUUGGUAACAGGUCAUUUUUCCUUUUCGCCCAACAUCCCGUUGUGCUGAACACGGCUGCUUCUGUCGGCGAUUGGUUAAAGGACGAUCUCCGCACCGCCUUUGAAACAGCGGAUGGAAAAUCCCAUUGGGAUUAUUGCGGUGCAGAUCCGGAGUUUAAUGGUGUUUUCAAUGAUGCUAUGGCUGGCGAUUCGAGAUUGAUGUCUAAUUUGUUGAUUUCUGAUUGUUGUGCCGGUGUAUUUGAAGGCUUGACGUCAUUGGUGGACAUCGGAGGUGGCACCGGUGCCGUGGCGAUGGCUAUCGCCGGAGCUUUUCCGAGCUUGAAAUGUAUUGUGCUUGAUCUCCCUCAUGUUAUUGCUGAUCGAAAGGGAUCUGGAAAUUUGGAGUUUGUUGCUGGGAGUAUGUUUGAUAAAAUUCCUCAUGCCAACGCAAUCUUACUCAAGUGGAUUUUGCAUAAUUGGGAUGAUGAAGAUUGUGUGAAGUUACUGAAGAAAUGUAAAGAGUCAAUUUCGAGUAGAGAAAAUGGAGGGAAGGUGAUAAUCAUUGACAUGAUAAUGGAAGAUAAUUAUAACAAUAAGCAACUUGUUCAAUCACAACACUUGAUGGACUUAAUAAUGAGGAUUACUUAUGCUUCAAAAGAGAGGACUGAAAAAGAAUGGGAAAAACUCUUUUUGGAGGCUGGUUUUAGUGGGUAUAAAAUAAUAACCUCUCUUGGAUUAAGGUCUUUAAUUGAAAUUUAUCCUUAAAAAAAAGAUAUCUAUAUUCAUCACUAAAAGAGUUGUAAUUGGCUACGGACUUUAUUGCUAGUCUUUCUUAUUUCGCUCAAUAUUCUAUAGUUAAAUAAAUUUAAGGAUAGAUUUUUCUCUCAUUCAUACAGAGAAUGGAGGUUAAUUUAUAUGUAAUAAUAAUAUUAGUGCAGAACUAUGCUUUUCCUAUGUCACUUAAUAAAAAUGUCGAAGCAAUAUAUAGUUUCUUCCAUUAUUAUUUUA